GCAUGGCCGACUACCUCAUCAGCGGCGGCACCUGCUACGUCCCGGACGACGGGCUCACGGCGCAGCAGCUCUUCAACUGCGGCGACGGACUCACCUACAAUGACUUCCUUAUUCUUCCUGGCUACAUUGACUUCACUGCAGACCAAGUGGACCUGACCUCUGCAUUAACCAAAAAGAUCACGCUGAAGACCCCGCUCAUCUCCUCCCCGAUGGAUACGGUCACGGAGGCAGGGAUGGCCAUCGCCAUGGCGCUCACCGGCGGAAUCGGAUUCAUCCAUCACAACUGCACCCCAGAAUUCCAGGCCAACGAAGUGCGGAAAGUGAAGAAAUACGAGCAGGGCUUCAUCACCGAUCCUGUGGUCCUGAGCCCCAAAGACCGAGUCCGAGACGUGUUCGAAGCCAAAGCCCGCCAUGGCUUCUGCGGUAUUCCCAUCACAGAUAACGGCAAGAUGGGCAGUCGGUUGAUGGGGAUCAUCUCCUCCCGAGACAUUGACUUCCUCAAAGAGGAGGAGCAUGACCUGUAUCUCGGAGAGAUCAUGACGAAGUGGGAGGAUCUGGUGGUGGCUCCGUCUGGGGUCACGUUGAAAGAAGCAAAUGAAAUCCUGCAGCGGAGCAAGAAAGGAAAGCUGCCAAUUGUGAAUGAAGAUAAUGAAUUGGUGGCGAUCAUUGCUCGCACGGACCUGAAAAAGAACCGUGACUACCCGCUGGCUUCUAAGGAUGCCAAGAAACAGCUACUGUGUGGGGCGGCCAUUGGCACGCAUGAAGACGACAAGUACCGACUUGACUUACUGGCCCAGGCCGGGGUUGAUGUCGUCGUGCUGGAUUCCUCCCAGGGCAACUCCAUCUUUCAGAUCAACAUGAUCAAGUACAUCAAAGAAAAAUAUCACAACCUGCAGGUUAUUGGUGGCAAUGUUGUGACAGCUGCACAGGCCAAAAACCUGAUUGACGCUGGGGUGGAUGCCUUGCGCGUUGGGAUGGGCAGUGGCUCUAUCUGCAUCACCCAGGAAGUGUCUCCAAAGAUCCCUCCAGACAUAAAGUCCCACAGCCCCAAAUGCCCUUCUACUGUCACGGGCACUUAUAUGCUGGCGUGCGGGCGACCUCAGGCGACGGCGGUGUACAAGGUAUCCGAAUACGCCCGGCGCUUUGGCGUGCCCGUGAUUGCUGAUGGGGGCAUCCAGAAUGUGGGGCACAUUGCCAAGGCCCUUGCCCUCGGGGCCUCCACAGUGAUGAUGGGCUCCCUCCUGGCUGCCACCACAGAGGCCCCUGGCGAGUACUUCUUCUCUGACGGGAUCCGGCUUAAGAAAUACCGAGGGAUGGGCUCCCUGGAUGCCAUGGACAAGAACUUGGGCAGCCAGAACCGUUACUUCAGUGAGGCCGAUAAGAUCAAAGUGGCCCAGGGUGUGUCUGGGGCUGUGCAAGACAAAGGAUCCAUCCACAAAUUUGUUCCCUACCUGAUUGCUGGCAUCCAGCAUUCCUGCCAAGAUAUCGGUGCCAAGAGUUUAACACUUGUCAGAGCCAUGAUGUAUUCAGGGGAGCUCAAGUUCGAGAAGAGGACAUCAUCUGCCCAGGUUGAGGGCGGGGUCCAUGGACUCCACUCCUAUGAGAAACGACUUUUCUGAGAAAUAGUCCCCACCUGCCUUACGUGUAUUUCCAGUCUGUCCCUAUUACUUAAAUUUUUCAAUAAAAUAUUGGAAAAGACA